CCCCCCCCCCCCUCCACUCCACCUGCACAGCGCCGUCCCCCUCACCCCCACGCAGCCAUCCGCUCCUCGUCGCCUUCCGACGCCGAGUUCGCCGGUGUCGAUUUGCACCGGCGGCGGCUCGAUCUGGCCGCCGCCCGUGCCGACCUGCUCGUCGAAUCCGUUUUGUUUUUUGAAUUUCAGUUUUCAGACGUAAUGGAUGGGCAAGGCACAAAGCACAGGAUUUUGAUGGUGUCUGACUUUUUCUUUCCAAACUUUGGUGGGGUGGAAAGCCAUAUCUACUACCUGUCACAAUGUCUACUUAAGCUUGGCCAUAAGGUGGUUGUCAUGACGCAUGCAUACGGAAACAGAUCUGGAGUACGAUAUGUUACAAAUGGUUUAAAGGUUUAUUAUGUACCAUGGAGGCCAUUCCUGAUGCAGAAUACACUUCCUACAUUAUUCUUGACGUUCCCAAUUGUAAGGACAAUUAUUAUUCGAGAGAAGAUUUCUGUCGUGCAUGGACAUCAAGCUUUUUCAACACUGUGUCAUGAAGCAUUAAUGCAUGCUAGGACGAUGGGGUACAAAGUUGUCUUCACAGAUCACUCACUUUAUGGUUUUGCUGAUGCUGGAAGCAUUCACAUGAAUAAGGUGCUGCAGUUUACUCUUGCAGAUAUUGAUCAGGCAAUAUGUGUCUCUCAUACAAGCAAAGAGAAUACUGUCUUGAGGUCUGGGAUAUCUCCAGAGAAGGUUUUCAUGGUUCCUAAUGCAGUUGAUACUGCAAUGUUUACUCCCUCCCCCAAGCGCUUAAGCUGUGAUGAAAUAGUUAUUGUUGUGAUCAGUAGAUUAGUAUACCGAAAAGGUGCUGACCUUCUUGUUGAAGUCAUUCCAGAAGUGUGUCGUCUAUUUCCAAAGGUUCGCUUUAUUGUUGGUGGUGAUGGUCCAAAACGUGUGCGCCUUGAAGAAAUGAGGGAGAAGUUCUCCCUUCAGGAUAGAGUUGAGAUGUUAGGAGCUGUACCUCAUGCUCAGGUGCGAUCUGUUCUGAUAUCUGGACAUAUAUUUUUGAACAGUUCACUUACAGAGGCAUUUUGCAUAGCUAUUCUAGAAGCAGCAAGCUGUGGACUGUUGACAGUGAGUACUAGAGUCGGUGGUGUCCCUGAGGUUCUUCCAGAUGACAUGAUAGUACUUGCAGAACCAGCUCCUGGAGAUAUGGUAAGAGCUGUCAAGAAAGCCAUCGACAUGCUACCUGGCAUAGACCCCCAAAUCAUGCAUCUUCGGAUGAAAAAACUUUAUAGUUGGGAUGAUGUGGCCAAAAGAACUGAGAUUGUUUAUGACCGUGCAAUGCAGUUCCCAACAACAAAUUUACUAGAUCGCCUUCCCCGAUAUCUUACUUGUGGAUCUUGGGCUGGAAAACUGUUUUGCCUAGUUAUGAUCAUCAAUUACCUACUAUGGCGCCUUUUAGAGUUCCUACAGCCUGCUGAAGGUAUUGAAGAAGUCCCAGAUAUAGGGCCACUACAUGCUCAUUUAGGUUCAAAGAAUGAUUUUUGUGAGGCUCAAGAGAAGUGAAACUUACAUUUUGUCAGUUUUGAAAUGGUUGGGGACUUGAGGUGGCAAUCAUGGUAUCUUCUGCUUGUCAGCAUCCGUUCUGAUCCACAAACCCGGUAUACUUUAUGAUAUGGUUCCCACACAGCAUUUUAUCUUGAAGCUUCCUGUUUCAGUAGUGGGAACUGACAGAGAGAGCAGCGAUCUUGAUUUGGAGGAUUUCUUGUCAUGCUGGUUAAAGCUAUGGUCCAAGUCUCUGUCAUUGCCAACUCGUUUCUUUUAGCCUAGUGAGUUAAUGAUCCGCGUUCUUAUCUCCGGACCAUUAUUCAACAAAGUAUCCGCUAGAACAAUGGUACUCUGAUACUCUCUUUUGCCACCAGAUUGCAGUGUUUUUUUAGCCACAUCUCGGUUUUGACUCGUACUGUUUCAUGAUUCUCACAGAAAAACAUUAGGAUAUCACAGUAUCCAGAGUCUUGAUUGACAUCUCGUGUCAUAACACCUUGUGAUGUCUUAUAUCAUGUUGGAGCACCGAUUCCUACUAUGUUGGUGAUGUAAGGCCAAUUCCAACCAGCGACUUGUGUGAAUCCAAUAUGCAUGGUUCCAGUUGAUAAUGUAUUGAGUAUAUAAAAAAAUUGCAAUCCCUUUCGGCACCCUUCAGAAUUAAAGAAUUUGAUCAUUCGCUUUGUAAGUUAGCUUUUGUAAGAUAUGAGUUUUUUCUCAGGGACUAUUCAAUCCGUAUGGAAUGUUUUGCGAAAUUUUUGUUUUACGAGUGGGUA